GGAGUGGGCGGCGGCGGUGUCAGUCCGGGGGGAGCCGCGGGGCCGGGAGCGGGCUAGGCUGCGCCCCUACAUAACUGCUGCCGCCCGAGCUGCCGCUGACGUCUUUCGAAUUGGAGACGGGGUCGCGCGCCUGCUUAACCGCCCGUGAGCUGCAGUAAGACAUUUUAGGAUGUCCAGAAAUGUGCAGCGACUUAGAGACCACGAUACAAAUCCAUGUCUAGCGGAAACGGAUGCCUCUAGACAAUGUUUGGAUGACAAUAACUACAGAAAGGAUAUGUGUGCCUCUUAUUUUUUAAAGUACAAAAACUGCAGAAAAUUUUGGCAUGCCAUUAUGAUACAAAGGAGAAGAGAUGGUGUGAAACCAAAUAUGCCUACAGCAGACGAGAGAGAGAAUAUAUUGAAGUCAAUAGGAGGAACACCAUACUGAUCACACAAUCUUUGUUUAAUAUUAUGUACAUAUGAAGAUUUGUCAGCUAGGCAUUAAAUUUUUUUAACAUUGCGUCUGUUUAUUUAAUCAUAAGAUGUUGCCAACCAAAAAAAGAACGUUACCUUAGAUUGUAAAGCUCUUUGGGUGUUUGGGGGACAUGGUGCGGCAGGGACAGCUUUUCUUCUGUUUGUACAGUACCUAGCACAAUAGGGUCCUGGUCAGAGUAGGUCUUCUAGGUGCUACCAUGAUGCAAAUAAAUAGUAAUUACUAUGUGCCUAAAAGGGUCACUACAGACAUGUACAAAGAUGGCCUCAAGGCAGUUAUGGAAGUGAUUCUUAAACUUUCACUUAAUGCUGAAUACCACAUAAUUGGCCUUUGAUAUUUGACAGCGUCUUCAAAACAAGGUUUGGCCUAGAGUCAUAUAUGUGGCAGGGGACAGAGCAGCUGCCUAGAGGGAGAAUUACAGAGGAAGAGGAACUAAGACUGGUUUGGUACAACUUAACCAAUAACUACUACUCUAUUGUUUUGCAUAAUGGUUAAAGUAGCAGGUCCCUAUUCUGGGUUUUUCAUAUUUAUGUGAAAAUACCAGCGUUGACAUGAGUAGUCACACUUAUCACCGCUCUAAUUGGAGGCAUCUGACAAUACAAUCACUGAAGUUACAACUUAAAAAAACAAACAAUACAACCUACUACUAGGAAAAAAAUACAUACAUGGAUUUCAAUGGAAACUAAUUUCUAGUUAAAGCAAAAAAAUAAAUAAAUCAGGUUUGUACAGUAGCCAUCUGCUUCUCUAGGGAAAGGCUUGUGAGGAAGAAGUUGAACGCUAUUGCUCUUAACGUACUUUCUGAUUAACUGUUUACUUUUAAUGAAAUACUUUUUUAUACCAUCGUCAGCAGGUAAAUAGUAGUAGAUAUUAACAAAUAACUGUUGACUGAAAAUGCUUAACCUACAAUUACUGUAAGAUAAGAUAUUAAAUCUUAUUUUGGGCAUUUAACAGCACUGUGUGUAGCCAGUUCCUCCUCUCUAUGGAACCUUCAAUCAAGACCAGAAGCACUUU